AUGGCUCCCCUGGGCGUGGAGAACAAGGAGCUCAUCGCCCUGGCAGUCAACAAUAACAGCUACUCGCUCAAUGCCUUCCCCUUGAUUAACAUUUCUAUUUUGCUUCCUAUUGCCUCCUCCCCCUUGCCCCUCUCGCCUUGCUUCAUGGCAAUUCAUCGCCCUCGCAGUCAACCCAACAACACCCCAUCGCAUGGUCAAUGUUGGUCCCCUUCACUUCUCUGCCUGCCUCCUGAGCUCAUCGGCCUGCUCAUCGCCCUAUCAGUCAACGACGGCAACGACCCCACACUCGCAGAGGCGGGCUCGCACUGGAGCCGCCUUCUCUUUAUCAGUGCCUCCUUUCCUCAUCCCCACACUGCUGACCUUCUUACCCCUUUUCUCGCCCUUCACCUCUUUCUCCCUUGUGCCUCCUUUCCUCAUCCCCACACUGCUGACCUUCUUACCCCUUUUCUCGCCCUUCACCUCUUUCUCCCUUGGUAA